ACGGCCGCUGUUAUCGGAUUUCUGGCUCCCUGCGAGCAGAAGGAUAUGCCUGAUGUCGCUCUUCUGGCUUUUUUGAAGGCUGCUGGCGUGCCAGGUAUCAUCCUUGGAUCUAGGCAGCAGCUAGAAGAGGUGACGCGAUUCAUGCUAGCUCGCGGCUUGGAAUUGCCUGUGGAGAAUGAAUUCGGCUUUAGCAAGGAUCGGGUUGUCGAAGCCUACAAGUACCUACAAUUAGGCCAGCAUACUAGCAUGGUUUGUAUC